AACGAGUGUCAGUUUUACUUCGUACGAAGAACGUACGGAAUCAACAAGUGCGUCAUCGCAGACGAAACAAUACGCAAAGAAUACUCGAGAGCCAUUUGUCACCGAGAAAACGACAAAUUUUCCUACGCCGUCGAUGAACAGUCUCGUCAAUGAUUUCACAACCGAAAAAUCCACAGUCGGCGAAACGACCGAGAAAGCCGAACAGUUCUCGAUUCCCAGUGAUCAUAAAUCGAACAAAGAAAAUCAUUUUUCGAGUCUUGACGAAACUAACCUAAAAAAUUUUACGGAAUUGGAUUCUGACAACGUGAUUGAUACUUACGACGAUGUUUUCGCUAAUCCCAGUAAACAACAGACGCAUGUGGACCUCGAAGCCACUGAAGACCCUCCGUGCAAGUUGAUCGAACCAUCUCCGACGUCCUACACUUCAAAUUUUCCGUUGAGUAAUGCGAAAUCGGUUGAUAACGAACUUACUACAACUGUCGGUACAACGACGGAACCACCGAAAGCAGACACGAGUGACAUUCACGUGGAAGGCCUGAAUGUGGAAGACACGUAUCAACCGGAUUCGUUGACCGUUUCGUGGAAGAAGCCCAACAGUUCGUUGGAUGGAAUUUAUUAUCGAGUGCGAUGGGAAUUGGACACCACCAAGAGCGCAUGUAAAGUUGAAACGAAAGCGGAAACGUACAAAAUAAUUUUGCCUCGUCUGAAGCCCUGUAGGACUUACGAAGUAACAGUAACUCCGUACAUCGGAAAUGAUACCGGAGAUGGCAGAGUGGGCAGAGGGACGACUGGAUUCAAUGUCAGCAACGAUGCUUUGGACUUUAAAAUACUAAAUAAAACAGACAAUUCACUGAAGAUAAGCUGGAGCAUGCCAGGCACCGAUUGUGUGGCUAAUUAUUUAAUCAACGUCUGUCACAACGACGAUUGUUUCCCCGAGGCUAACACGACUACAACGACGUUUACGAAGGAAGAUUUAAAUCCUUGCUGGAAUUAUUCCUUCAAUUUGACCGUAUUUGGUCCGAGGGGUCCUUAUGGCUCUGCGAGUGUGAACGACACAACGGAAUUUGUCACUCCUGGCCAACCUUCACCGCCGACUAUAGACUCAGGAAAUCACACGCUCAAUGUCACCUGGAACCAAACCAUUGGCCACACGUGCGUCGAUCAUUAUCGUGUCAGCUGGAUUCGCAACCACGUGAAUGAAACUAAAAAAACCAAUGAGACUUCGAUCAUUCUACGGGGUUUGGAGGCUUGCGCUGUUUAUGAAAUUGUCAUAUCGGCGGUUUGGCAUGGCGGCGAAAGCGAAGAGCGGCGUGCCUAUUCCAACGCGACAGCUCCCGAUGUAACCGAUGCACCAGUGCCAUUCGAAAAACCGUCGGCUGGAAAUGACACGAUAUCGAUCUGGUGGAGGAUCCCCACGAACGAGUCCAACAACUGUCAUUCAAUGACUCUGAUCGUCUUGUGCACCGUCAAUAAAACUCUUGGUCAAGGUUACGAUUCUCACGAAGCUAGUCAAUACUUCACUAUAGAACAUGGAAUCGUAAAUGCAAAGAAAUACACUACUGUUGGCAAUGUCGGUCCAUAUACGAGAUACAUAUGUCACGGUGCCACUCUUAACGCUGGAGGUCGAAGUCGAGAGAUCAGUUCACCUGUCACAGUAACGACUUUACAAAGUGUUCCAACCGCUCCAAUUUUGAAGCCGGCAGAGGAGACGACUAUCACGAAUACAAGCAUCGAAUUGAAGUGGGAUAAGCCAAAGAUAGUGCCUGGAGUACUGACGCGUUUCAUAAUCGCUAUAAUCAGACAUUAUACUAUACUGCAUAGUCCGGCCGGGUGCGUCGAGCCCACUGACAGCGUCGAGAACAUAACGAUCGACGAUGGUAAUGCAACGAGUCAUCUGCUGGAUGCAGUGCCAAUGACGCUUUACAGGAUAAGAAUGUACGCUGCAACCGAGGCUGGUUUCGGAAGCCCGAGUGCGUCCGAAGAAUCGUACACGACGCCGGCUGGAGCUCCGAGUCAAGUGACAAACGUAACAUACAUGAUAAGCAGUACUCCGGAUCCGAAUUUACUUGACGUUACAAUUAUGUGGGGCCCACCUUGUCUCGCAAACUCCAAAGUUAUUGAACAUUAUCAAGUCAUCGGAACUGGCAGACGAGAGGGUUUCGAAGAGCACACUUUCAACUACACUGCCUAUCAAACGACGAACUGUGUCAACAAUUCCUGUGCUCUUAUGAUAGACAGUUUGAAAGAGGAAUUCACUUACGACGUUGAAAUUGCGACUAAAGUGGCAGAUUACGAUUAUCUUGGUGAUGUUUCUCAGUUGACGAUCCCUUUCCCCGCUGGAAUUCCGCCACAACCGAACGAGAAUUACACUCGUUUGAUAAGCAUCGAUCCCUUGAAAGCUCGAAGAUCAACAACGACGGCAACAGUCUUGUUACCAAUAUUUCCCAACACAGGUGGAACGAUACAAUGCUACGCAAUUAUAGUUGCGAAACGCAAGUUCAACGAUAACGAAACCUUUGGAAGGUUUGAUGAACCUUCCAACUGUGAGAACGCUUUGCAACCUCACAUUGCAACGUGGUCUGAAUCGAAACGCGAACAUUUCACGAUUCCAUAUCAAGCAGUCAAAUUCGGGGCUGACUGUUAUUUCUCAUAUGUGGCCGAUUACGGAAGUCUGAAGGCGGUGAAAUUCGUUCUCGGCGAGGACACGGAAACCUGUCCGGAAAUAUCAUCGAACCAGGAAGAGCGUUCUUACUGCAACGGGCCUCUUGAUCCAGACACGUGGUACGACGUUCGAAUGCGAGCAUUCACGAGUGGUGGAUACAGAGACUCUGUCAUUUUCACGGUUAAAACGGAUGCCGAGCUCCAAGUAGGACUGGUAAUUGGUACGAUAUUUGGAAUACUCUUUCUUGGAAUUCUCACAACAAUGAUGCUCCUCGUACGAAAAUGUUCGUUGCAAGUAGUGCUGCGUAGAUUCUUACAUUCCGAUAUGACCGGAUCCCCCGUACCAGCCCCAUUCACCAGACGAAAAUUCAUCGCUCACUGCCAACAGUUGGCUGAUAAUCCAGGAAAGCUCAGCAACGAAUAUCAGUUGCUACAGACACUCAGUGUUGAUCUUCAAAUGCCCACGAACGCGGCGUGCUUGCAAGCCAACAGAAAAAAAAAUCGAUACACUGAUAUCUUGCCAUAUGAUUUUUCGAGGGUCAAACUCGAAGUGAUCGACAAUGAUCCAAAUACAGAUUAUAUAAACGCGUCUUUCAUAAAGGGAUUUUCGGGCGACGAAGAUUAUAUCGCUUGCCAAGGUCCCAAGGAAGAAACAACUUACGAUUUUUGGCGGAUGAUAGACCAGUACGACGUCAAAAUAAUUGUUAUGUUGACUCAGCUCGUGGAGAAAAAUAAGGAGAAAUGUCACCAAUAUUUUCCCACUAUCAGGGAAACGUUUACCUAUGAAAACAUGGCGAUAAGAUGUACUUCCGAAUUGGAUUAUAAAACAUACACGCAAAGAACACUCAUUCUCCAAAAAGAAAACGAGAAGAGAACAAUAAUUCAUUUGCAUUUCAAAGAUUGGCCGGAUCACGAUGUACCUGAGGAUUUCGAUCCGAUGAUUAAUUUUUGUCAAAUAAUGCGUCGCCACAUGGGAGUGAAUCGUGGCCUCGUCGUCGUACAUUGCAGUGCUGGCAUCGGUAGAACAGGCACUUUGAUAGCUAUAGAUAUAUUGUUGCAACACAUCAAAGAAAACCGAAAACUCGAUGUUUUCGGUACAGUCUACAGGCUACGGCACCAUCGGAUAAACAUGGUUCAACGAGAAAGCCAAUACGCGUAUAUUUAUAAUUGCAUAAAACAAGUACUUAAAAAUCCCUACUUCUCGAAGACUUACAAACCUCCGUCCGUCGAUCCAAUAUUUGACAACAACUCUCACAAAAAGAAAGAAACAUCAGAUUCUAACACGAAUCUAGUCAGCAGUCUCGAAACUCUAAAAAAAAGCAGCUUUUCAACAUCAGUGGAGUCCGCCGAUCCUAUUCAUACACCAUCCUCAAAACUGGCGUCUCGGACGUGUUAUCCGUUUAAUGGCCUCAGAUGUGCGAAAUCAACGAGUGCCAUUGACACGCGGCCUUGCCCAAAACUUAUCGGUCGAUCCAAUACACACGAUCAUCCCAUAUACGAUAUCAGCAUCGAUUCACCGGAGGUGAAAAGUAGCGACAUCAGUUUCGACAUUACCGAAUCGGAAGGCUCGACGACGUCUUUAUACGAAAACAUGCAACCGUUGUUACGUUCGAAAUCAACUCACGCAUUCGGACGGGGAGAAGAUUCGUGCGUUAUUCAAAACUUGCUCGAGCACGACACUUCGUUAUGAAAAAAAAAGAAGUAACACAUUUUUUGAGGAUGGGGUGUAUUAAUUUUGUUCAACUAUCAGAGAGGCGUGUGAUAAAUACCUUCUCACCUGAAAAAACCAUCAAUUUACAAAAGAAAACCGCAAGACCAAAGCAGUUGAAACGCAGUUCAAAAUAGUGUCCUAAAAAUAAGUCAUUUCCAUAAGCAUCACCUCGCAUAAGAUUGUACAUAAAUUCAAUAUUGUUUAAGCAAUCAUUGACAUUGUUAUUUACAUUCUUUCAAUCGCAUCGAUGUUUUCACUAAAUCAAAAGUGUAAAUAGGAAACAUUCGUUAGGAUAAGAAAAAUUUAAUAUUGCCAAUGGAUUUUUGACAAACCAAAUGAAAUAAUGUAAAUAACUUUGUGUCAUUUACUCUUGUAUAAAUAUACAACGGUCGUUAAU